AAUGAUGGUUAAAAGUCCAGUGGUUGCACCGCCUGGUCAAGAGCAGUCUAACAGGCAUAUUUACCCUCAGGCUGUGGAUGUCUUUCUAAGUGAAGUGCAAAGACAAGUUCCCCCCUGCCCCAAUUCAACACUCCAACAGCCAACUGAGAGCCAUGUCUGGGCCUGCUUCGCUCUUUGAUGCCACGCUGGAUCCUGUGGCCAGUCACGUUAAACACUGGAAGGAUCUGAAGAUCGACAGCACGUCUGGCCUCAGUCAGAGUGUUUACACGCCUUCUGGAUCUGUGCUAGAGGACAUAGAGGUGACAGAUACUGAUGGUGGAGAUGCUGCUCGGAGUGGUCCUCUAUUUUUAGAACAGAAUGUGAAACAGAGAGGAGCUGCAGCACCUGCGCAGCAGGAAGAGCGCCCCGCGGUGACGCCCCGUCCUCCCGAGAUCCCUUCUGCCUUUUCACCACUCUUGGACACAUCCUGUGACAACCAUCUGUUUGAGUGUGUGAACUCGACAGAGGACACCUCACCGGACGUGCUUCGAAUAGUAAAACAUAAACCAAGUGCGAUUGUCUUUUGCGAUUAUGAAGGCAGCCUCGCCACUGUUGGGAAGGAGAGUUCUGACGGCAGGGAGUCCUCUUCCUCCUCUGCUUCUAAAGAAGAGAGUGAAGAUGAAGAUGCUGAUGUUGAUGAAUUCCCUGAAACUUUACAGUACAAGGAGUUUCUGGUCAGUCGCCAUCGUAGGAAUUUGAACAAAAACAGAAAGUUUCUGAGGAAGAGACCAGAAGUUCUGCCUCAUGCCCCUGCAGCUGACCGGCCAAAGACCUCCAACAGCAAAAUGAGACCGGAGUGUGCAGGUGGCAAGGAGGAAGAGGAUACACGGCAGCAGUGUGACUCCAUGAUCCUGCUGAUGAAAAAAUUGGAUCACCUCAGUGAGGGAAUGCAAAACAUCCAAAACUCUAAUUCCUGCCACACAAAUGACGUUCGAGUCAAGGAGGAGCAGCAGGGCACCAAGGGUGCCCAGACUGUGUUCAGGAUGACCGUCCGAACAGGCCCGGAUCAAGGAGCCCAGAAAUCUCCAGACAAACCUGAGCCACUGACCAGACGUCGCUCACGACCCUUGACCCGCAGCAGGCCACUGAUCCGCUCCUCCCUCACGUCUCCUACGCAUCUCCAAGCUCGUCAUGCCCGGGUUGCUGCUAAGAUGACCUGCGGAUCAGCAGAGAUUGAGGCAAAGGAGGCUUGUGAUUGGCUUCGAGCAGCGGGGUUUCCACAGUAUGCCCAACUCUAUGAAGAUUCCCAGUUUCCAAUCAAUAUUUCCGCAGUGAAAAGGGACCAUGACUUUUUGGACCGAGAUCUAGUCGAACCUCUGUGUCGACGCCUCAAUACUCUGAACAAGUGUGCAACCAUGAAACUCGAUGUAAGUCACCCCAAGAAGAAGAGUGAUGAUUCUGAUGAAGAUGAUCAUUUGGCUAUCAGUAAGAGGUGGACAUUUGAGUGGAGCAGCCGCCGCUGGUCACGUCUGCAAGACUUUCUAUUGGACAACACUAAUGAGAGCAGCCCGACGGCUCUAGGCGAGGGUCUGCGCAGCACAGUGAGCAGUGAGAGCGUACUGACUGACCUGAGUGAGCAGGAAAUCACUGAGAUCUCCUCACUCCACAGUGAGGACUCAGCCUCCGCCAUGCCUGACUCGAUAUCCAUGGCGUCCCUGUCUGCUUCCUAUCAACCACCGAGGGAACUUCCUCAUUACAACUCCCUUCCCAUUAAAAGCAGCCGCCAUGGGCAAGGAGGAAAGAGUAAAGCCAAAGAGUUUCUGCGCAAAAUGGAGCUGAUGCGUACCUGGGGGCCAUCGACAAUGAAGAAAAGCUCAAAUCGGAGGCCGCAGCUGGUCAUCAGUGAGCCGGUGUUACAGGGGGAGGAGCCUCAUGCACUUCAGGUGCUUCAGUGUACUCCCAUCAGCCAAUUAGAAAACAGCCCAAAACACAACCAUCAAACAGAUGGCGAUGAGCCCCCUGUUUCUGACAGCAAAACAUCUAAAGACCAGAUCACGCUAAAUGUGAGUCCGAGCAAAGAGACUGUGGCGCCGAGCGUUCAGGAGCCUGCAUGUACAAAACCGCGCACUGCCAGCAAGAGAAGCAGCAUGUACCUGGAGGAUAUGGAGUUGCCUUCUCAGGGUAAGAGGCCUGAAGGUCAGAGCCAGUUUGGCAGAAACCAAUUUCGCUCAUAUGAAAACCUCCUCAUUCACAUCCCCAAAGACCACAAGCCAGGCACUUUUCCCAAAGCUCUGUCCAUUGAAAGUCUGGCACCUUCCCCCAGUGACAGGAACAAUAAUCCCCAGUCACAUAGCCAAACUUCUCCAAAUGAAAAUGGCCUGGGUGAACCUUUAUCUAAACCUGUCUGCCCUGGAGCUCCGAGAGGCAGCAGGGUGAGUGUUUACGACAACGUGCCGGGCUCCCACCUUUAUGCCAGCACAGGGGACCUUCUAGACUUUGAGAAGGAGGACAACCUGUUUCCUCACUUAGACGACAUCAUCCAGCACGUCAGUGGCUUGCAGCAGAUUGUGGACCACUGGAGCCGCAGUGUUUUGCCCGAGGAGGAAGCAGUGGAUGGGGAAGAGGCACGGGAGGGCAGGACCACCCCCAGCGAAGGUGAGAGAGACGGGGUCUCCUUAAAUGACACCGAUUCAACAGGGACCAGUCGGGAGAGGCGGGACUCUGGAGUUGGGGCCUCACUCACAAGACCUCGUCUCCGAUGGCCAAGUUUCAGAACGUCUGAUCAUCUCAACCAGCCAGCAUCUUCACUGCAGAUCAGCAGCCAGUCGGCGGGCCAGCUGAGCCUGCUGCAGAAGUUUUCUCUGCUUCGCCUCACCGCCAUCAUGGAGAAAUACUCCAUGUCUAACAAACAUGGCUGGACAUGGUCCGUGCCUAAGUUUAUGAAGCGUAUGAAGGUGCCAGACUACAAAGAGAAGAGUGUGUUUGGCGUUCCUCUGAUUGUUCAUGUCCAGCGCUGUGGGUUCCCACUUCCUUUGUGUUUACAACAGGCCCUCAGCCACCUCAGGACUUACUGUCUGGACCAGGUUGGAUUGUUCCGCAAGUCUGGUGUAAAGUCCCGGAUUCAGGCUUUGAGGCAGCAGUGCGAGUUGUCCCCUGACUGUGUAAACUACAACGACCAAUCUGCAUAUGAUGUGGCUGACAUGGUCAAACAGUUCUUCAGGGACUUACCCGAACCUCUGCUUACAAGCAAACUGGGGGAAACUUUCCUGCACAUUUACCAGUAUGUUCCUAAAGAACAGCGGUUGCAGGCCGUCAGGGCAGCCAUAUUGCUGAUGCCAGAUGAGAACAGGGAGGUUCUGCAGACUCUGCUCUACUUCUUGCGGGACGUCACCUCCUUGGUGGAGGAGAACCAGAUGACUCCAAUGAACCUCGCUGUUUGUCUGGGCCCAUCUCUGUUCCACCUGAGUAUCCUGAAGAACGAGACGCUGUCACCAAGGUCAAUCCAGAAGAAGUACGCUACAGGCCGUCCCGAUCAGAAAGACCUGAGUGAGAACCUUGCUGCCACACAGGGCCUGGCACACAUGAUCACAGAGUGCCAACAUCUCUUCCAGAUCCCAGAGGAAAUGGUGACCCAGUCCCGCAACUCCUACAUGGAGGCUGCGCUGAUGGUGCCCCCGCUGGAGGAGCUUUGCAAGGUCCAGGAGGAGGAAGAUGUGGAUGAGGAAGUGGAAGAAGAGGAUGAGGAAGCGUCCUACAAUGCACACAUAGAAGGGCUGAUUCAGAACCUGCUGAAAGAGGCCAAGGACAAGAGUAAAGGCUGGGUGUCCCGCUUGUCUUCUGACAACACGGAGCUGGCAUUUAAAAAGGUUGGAGACGGGAAUCCUCUGAGGAGGUGGCGAGUUUGUCUUGAGGUGUCGGCGUCUCCCUCUGAGGUCCUGCAGCGGCUCCUAAAGGAGCGCCUCCUGUGGCAGACAGAGCUCCAGCAGGAGAAGGUUCUGGAAACGCUGGACAAACAAACAGAUGUGUAUCAUUACACCUGCUGCAAUAUGGCGCCUCAACCCUGCUAUGACUAUGUGGUACUAAGAUCGUGGCGUACAGACCUCUGUAAAGAAUCCUGUGCGCUGGUGUGCGUGUCCGUCGAGCAUGAUGACAGCCCGCGUGUUGGAGCUGUGAGGGGCGUUGUGUUGGAGUCACAAUACCUCCUUGAGUCCUGUGGGACGGGGAAGACCAGGCUCACACACAUCUCCAGAGUUGAUCUCAGGGGAAGAUCUCCAGAAUGGUACAACAAAGCGUUUGGUCAUUUGUGUGUUAAUGAAGCCCAGAGAAUCCGCUCCUCAUUCCUCCCAGGCGAGCAGAGUCCUGAGGCGAAGAACUGAAUUUCAAACAUAAUUCUUCAUCCUGAAAACCAGUUUAAUCAACCAGGCGAUCUUUUCUUGGUGCUAAGUUACAGUUCUGGUCAGAUAUGGAAUCAUUAAUUUGGGGCUUUUAGAGAUUUAUAAGACCCAUCCAAUAUGGGUUUUCAGAGUAAAUUGAUUAUAAAACAAAAACCAUCAGUGAUUUUUGAAAGGAAUAACUACAUACACUAGUUCACAAAAAUUUUACAUUUUCUGUAAUAAACACAAGGUCCAAAUUAUCAGGUCAGAAUUGGUAAUGUAAUUGCUUUUAAGCCUAGUUCAUGCACUAUCUUCAACAGUUCAUUAUUCUCUGGUUUAAAGCCUCACUGUAGCUCCUCAAAGCAAUCUUUUUUUCAUUUUGGUCAAAUAGUUCAAUGCAGAUGUGGAACAUCUUCCGGUUAAGAUUAAGCUUGAACCUUGAUGGUUGCUAUUAUGUUUUUUUUUUUUGUCAACAUUCAAACCAAUUUUGCUUGUAAACUAUAAAAAAACAGAGGCCAUGCCACAAAGCAGAUCACUUUAAACAAACUUUGCCAGUUAUGUCAAGAGGAGUGAUCAACUCUCCAGCCAGAAUAAUGGCAGAUAUACAUGUAAAAAAAAAUGGGUUGCUCAUCAUUAAAACCCCCAAAUUAAAAUGAUGUUCAUAUCCAUAAUGAGUAGAUGUAAACUUCUGACUUGGACUGUACAUCAUACUGAGUGGGCACAUAGAAGAAAAGUGUUUUUAUUGUCAUUUUCAUGUAUUUUUUAACAUAAUAUUUUAAUUUAUAAUAUAAAUUAUGAUAUUGCUUUUCAGUCACAAUUUCAAGAUUAUUUCCAGUUCUGAAUGUGUUCAAUCAUCAGAAUAGCAAUUUAAUUUGCAAGUACUUGUAGCUAAGUGCAUUAUUAAAUGGAUGAUGUCUUGUAGAUAGAAAGCGAAUUCCCUUUUUAUUGCUUUGGUUUGUUCUACCAAAUACUUAGCAUUUAUUUUUAACAUCUUGAACAAACAAAACAAUGAGAGAUGAUGAGAUAACACUCUAAUCCCUGUUGUACUUAUCUACAAUUUACAUAUCAUGUAAAUUUAUUUUCAAAUCAACUGUUAAUUGAAGCUCAUAUAUUAUUAAAAUAACUAUUAUUAUUUAUUACUAUUACAUUUCUCAAUAUUUGCGAAAACAUCACAAGGCCUGCUUAUUCUAUCAAUCUUAGAUUUGUUUUUAAAUUAAGCUGUAAAAACAGGUCUCGCUCACCUGUAACUUGACUUUAUACCAGCGAACUCUUUACAAAUAACAUGGGAAUAUGAUGUUUCUCCAGCUUUAGCUUGAUGAUAUGCCAAAUCAUUGCUCCAUUUGCACUUAUAAAAGUAUAAAAGUAAUUACAUAAAACUAUCAGAACUCCUUAAAAAAAAAUGAAACAAAAUAUGGAUACAUGUCAACACCAUGUUGUGAAAAGUCCACUUGUUUCAUGUAGAAGGUCCACACAAAGAGUCCUGAACCACAUUGAAGGGGACGCAAUCACUGGGUCCAUAAAUGUGUUUUUAAUAUUUUAUGUACAAUUUCACAGAUGAUUUCCUUUUUCGGUCCCCACUUUCAGUGUUAAUCUUAUUCAAAGGUGUUCUUUUAUCUCUGUAUAUGGUAUUAUAGUUGUUUUUUUUCUUCUCAUUUGUGUUAUACAAUGUCUAAGACAUGAGACCAUUUCACUGCUUCUGGGAAGCAUGUUUGAAACUUAGCGUGUGUGCAUGGUUGUGCCCGUGUAUCUGCAUUUCAAACACACUUACAGCCUGUACUGUAAACUCUCUGCAGCGCUCUCUGUGCCAUCAUAGCUCUUCAGGGUCUUCCUAUCAUAUUGAUAAGCUGAAAUGUGAAAUUUCCACACACCAUCCGUAGGGAAGCAAUAGAUGAAAACUUGCUCCACCGUGGUACUGCCCUGGCUUUAAUGUUUGUUUCCGCUGUAGGCAGCAUUGCCAUGGUGUUGCUGUGAUAUAAUAUCUCCAUAGUGCCGCCAUAAUCCUCGCGUGGAUGCCUUUUGCUGGGUGACAGUGGCGCGUGUGCAUGUGUGCGUAAGAAAGGAUUGAGAGACUCUGACGUGAGACCUCCGCUGUUUGUGGAGAGGUUCCAAACUUAGCUUAGAGCUGGAGGAUUUAUGCUUGUUAUUUUUGACAGUGACAAAGCUAUUGUUUCUAAAGAGGAGAAUAAAAAUUUAAAAGUGCA